AUACAUUAUAUUGCCAAAAGUAUUGGUACACCCCAUCCAAAUCAUUGGAUUCAGGUGUUCCAAUCACCUCCAUGGUCACAGGUAUAUACAGUCAAGCACCUAGGCAUGCAGACUGCAUCUACAAACAUUUGUGAAAGAAUAAGUCACUCUCAGGAGCUCAGUGAAUUCAAGUGUGGUACUGUGAUAGGUUGCCACCUGUGCAAUAAGUCCAUCCGUGAAAUUUCCUUGCUACUAAAUAUUCCAUGGUACAAUGUUAGUGGUAUUAUAACAAAAUGAAAACAACUGGGAACAACAGCAACUCAGUCAUGAAGUGGUAGGCCAUGUAAAAUGACAGAGCGGGGUCAGCGUAUGCUGAAGCGCAUAGUGCACAUAAGUCACCAACUGUCUGCAGAGUCAAUAGCUAAAGACCUCCAAACUUCAUGUGGCCUUCAGAUUAGCACAACAGUGCAUAGAGAGCUUCAUGGAAUGGGUUUCCAUGGUCGAGUAGCUACACCUAAGCCAUACAUCUCCAAGUGCAAUGCAAAGCGUUGGAUACAGUUGUGUAAAGAACACACCACUGGACUCUAG